UUUAUCUGGGGCUGAGGAGAAUAUUUAAGUGAGAGCAUCCAUCGAAGACGUCCACACACAAGACGGAGGUUUUCGCAAACAUGAAGGUGCACGCUGCUCUGCUUCUCUUCGCCGUGUCCAUCGCGUGCCUUCACGCGCAAUGCCCAGACCCAGGGUCGUUGAAGGAUGCCGCUGGCACGAAGGUGUGCGCUCGCAUGUUCGAGGACAGCCACUACUACUAUGAGCAGAGUUGCGGAGGAGACUACCUCGACACUUACGCGGGCGACGACUACCCCUUUAUGCCGAAAAACUGGAACAACCGCAUCUCCUCUCUGGUUGUGUCGAGGUCCUGCAGUCUGACAGUGUGGGAACGCAGUAGGAAGGAGGGAAACAGGCGCAAAUUCACUUCGGGGAUACAGUACCGCCUGAAAGACGUCGGCCAGGGUCUGUUUAGCGAUUGGGACAACGACAUCUCCGCAUACUACUGUGAGUGUUAACAGCCGAGGGACUGCGCAAAGACGAGGAUGGACGUGGAAGAGAAGAAGCGCGACACCCUGCCUCCAUAUUAUCAUUGUACGUUUAAAAGACAUGCUACAUAUUCUUCGAGGUUUGCGCACAAAUAAAACUUCAACUGCUCUCUUCA